AUGGCGAUGCCAGCGGCAGGCACUGAUCCACCUGAAGAGACUGAACUUGUAAAGCCAGUGGCGUCGAAAAGAAGGGAAGCCUUCAAGCCAGAUUUGAGUGGGCCAUACAAAAGACUGUGCCAACCAAAUGCUGUCGUUACUACAGCAAACGUGUUUGGGGAUGAGUUAGGUAAGAAAAUAGAGGACAUUACUGACUCCAAACACUUAACGAGUAAACUUUCAGGUGAGAGGAACAAACUCCAAGGUGGAAAACAUCGCCGUUUCGCACCAUACCAGCGGCCCAAUCAGCAGUCCAGCACUGCCUAUGCACAGCGAGAGGGGAAAGCGAACAGAGGCACACCAAUGGCUCCGGUCAUCAUGGUGAAAUCUGUAAAACAGCAAAAUGUGAACAUGCGCAGUGUGCAAGUCAUUCUACUACUGCAAAAGACACCACCACUCACACCCAACUUGCAUCCCACCACCGCACCAUCCCAUCCCCCACCAUCCCAAACACCCCACACAUCAUCCCCACCACCACACCAUCCCACCAUCUCACCACCCCCACUACCUCAGCAGCCCACCACCAUCCCCACCAUCGCACCAUCCCAACCACCUCACCACCGCACCACCCAACAUUCCACCACCAUCCCACCCCACCAUCAUCCCCACCACCACACCAUCCCACCACCAUCCCACCACCUCACCACCAUCCCCACCGCCACACAAUAG